AAUUGAAACUUCAAAAUCCCUUCUUUUCAUUUCAGCUCUGCUCUGCCUCCUGCCCUACCACCACCUCACUGUCGAUGCCCCGUCAGUUGGCGGCUCCGCCGUCGACCGUCGCUCAAUCCACCGUCAUGAGUCUGUCCCGGCCCUCUUCUACGGCACUCUCCCCCAUGGGGCACCUUGCACAUUUUCAACACAAGGAACUUGCUAUGAAGAUGGAGUCAGGUUCUGUUUUUAUUCCUGGUAUUUAUGAGAAUCAGCUUUCAAAGAGGCAAAAAAUCAAUGAGGGUCAAGACAUUAUAAGCAACCUACCUGACUUCAUUAUUGGUCAUAUUCUUUCUUUUCUUUCUGCUAAAGAUGCAGUCCGUACUAGUGUUCUGUCUAAACGUUGGAUAUGCUUGUGGACCUUUAUCACCAAGCUAAGGUUUGGGGAUAGAGAUCAUAAUUCUUCUCCAAAGAAAAGUAAAAGCAGCUUUUUAAACUUUGUGUAUAGAGUACUUCAUCAUCUGGAUAGUUCAAGCAUAGAAAGUUUUUCUCUUACUAUAUCAGAGAAGUAUAAUGCUUGUCAUGUCAGUAAGUGGAUAUCUUCUGCUAUAGAUCGGAGUGUCAAAAAGGUCGGUGUCUAUUCACGGAAAGAGUUGAACCUUUCCUUCCAUUCCCUUUUCAAAUGCCAGUCCUUGGAGGAAUUGGUGUGGAUGAUGGAUUGUUGUGUUAGCAUAGUUCCAGUUCCCUCCUUUAGUUAUUGUCUUUCAUCCCUCACCGUCCUCAAGCUAUCGGGAAUAACAUUUUCCUGCUGCAAUUCUAAUGGACCAAAAUUUUCUAAUGGACCAAAAUUUUUGACCCUUAGUUUCCCAGUUCUUAGAAAGUAUGAGACUAAAAAUUGCACUUGGUCAGAUGUGAAGGGUGUCACUCUAGAUGUGCCUCUGCUUGAAGUGGUUUCAAUAGAGUAUAAACCUGUGUUGCUAUGUGCUUCUUCAUAUACGAAAAUUAAGUUUUGUGCCCCGCGUCUUACAGAAUUCACUUAUAUUGGUUAUAUAUUACCAGACACCCUUGUGUUAGAUCUAUCUAAAGCACAUAUCGCUUCUGCUAAAAUUGUACCAUACAAAUAUGCGGACGACACUGUGGAAGAGACAGGGAUUCUUGCUUGUAAUUUUCUGAGACAAUUCAAUGCUAAUGUAGAAUGUCUGAAGCUUCAGCCGUCAAAGUUUCUUGCACAUGCCAAAGAUUUUGUGGAGGAUCUUCCUUCUUUUGAAAUGUUGAGCCAUCUGGAGCUAGACAUAGUUACUGGUGAAAUUCUUUUGGCCUUACUUCAAAAGACUCCGUCUCUUAAGACUCUUGUUUUAAAGAGAAUCAUUCAAUUCGACAUGGAACUGUUGAAUUCUGCAAGUGUGCCUGAUUGUUUUCUAUCUACCCUGGAAAUGGUGAAGUUUGGAAAUUUUCAUGGUAAUGAGCAUGAGUUAAAUUUGGCAAAGUUUUUGAUGGAAAAUACUCUAGUCUUGGAGAGGCUGAGUGUUUUUCCAACUUGGAUGCUGUUCGGGUUGAAUUUGGAAAAUGCUAAAGAAAAGCUCUUCUCAUUUAGAAAAAGUUCUAACUUGGCGAUUAUAGAAAUUUGCACCGUGUAAGUUACCAAUGUUUUACAGACCAAAAGAAAAAGUUACAGAAAUUUUGAAGGGUCAGGAAGACAAUGGGGGUUCAUGCUUAGUGCAUUUUGUUUUUGUACUGUGCCCUUGACAUGGCAUGGUUUUGGAGCUGGUGUUUGAAAGGAGCAGCGACGAAGUGGCUAUGCAAGGCCUUGAAAAGGAUUUCGAGAAUCAUCGGUUGUCUUGAUCGUUUUUGGUAUUUUGAUCUUGCUCUCUUUGGGCUGUUUAUUGCUGUGGAAGGGUUUCCUUUUAUUCCUUUUGGCUUUGUUCCUGGGUACCUGAUUUUGUAUAGCUCUUUUGAGAGUAUAUGCUUAGGGUCCUGGUCGGGUUUUUCUUUUUUUGGGGGGUUCUGUAGAGAUCCUCAUUGAUUAGCACUCUCUUUUUGGCGUUAAUCUUCGCAAUUGUACUUUUCUUGAGGGUUCAUAAUCAAAGGAUUAGCAUGCUUCUUCAAAAAGAUAGUACUAUAUUUUAUUACCGAUAUAGUGAGCUUCAAUGUCAAAAAUAAUGAAUAGCCACUAUGUGCUAUUCUUUUGUCCAAGAAUUCGAAAAUAUUUCGGAAUUGCCGUAAUUUUAAAAAGAAAAUUAUAGUAGUUAACUAAA